AUAGAUUGUUUUUUGCAUUUUUCUCAAAUAACAAACAAAUAAAAAACACCGGAUCCCAACAAGAUGCCACAAGUCAGCAAAUCUGAAGAUGAAUUUGGAAAGAAAAUCGAUCGCUGCAUUACCGAUAUGGGUAUAAAAAGUGUCAGCGGUUUGGCCAUUGGUUCGGUGCUGUCGCUGCUCAUAUUCAAGAGGAAAGCAUGGCCCCUUAUAAUGGGUACUGGUUUCGGUGCUGGUGUCUCAUACAGAACAUGUGAAAAAGAUCUUAAUAUGUAAACGAAAAA